UGCAGCAGCAGCAACAGCAGCAGCAGCAGUUGUUGCAGCAGCAGCAACAGCAGCAGCAGCAGUUACUGCAGCAGCAGCAACAGCAGCAGCAGCAGUUAUUGCAGCAGCAGCAACAGCAGCAGCAGCAGUUAUUGCAGCAGCAGCAACAGCUACUGCAGCAGCUGCUACCGUUGCCACAAAGGGCCCGUGAGUCGGCGGCGGCUACAUCUGCUGCUGCUGCUGCAGCUGCUGCUGCUGCAGCUGAUGAAGCAAUGGAUUGGCAGCAUGGGGGGCCCCUUGGGGGGCCCUCUUCGAGACAGCGGGAGCGCUCUGCUGCAUGCAGGAAGCUAAAGCCUGAUGAUAAUCUAAUUACAAGUAUAUUAUCAGGACAAAAGAGUUACUGGGAGGCAUUAGAUGAGUUAAGGGGCCUUGUUGGUGAACUAAGCAGAGAAAACAACUUGCUUCGAGAUAAAACAGCAGCACAGCAGACGCUGUUGCAGCAGCGCAGCAACGCAUUUCGACAAGAGAGGCGUCAGCAUCAGCAGCAGCAGCAGCAACAGCAGCAAAAACUCUCUCAUGCCCUGCAUGCACUGAAAGCAGAGAAUGAAGUUCUUCGUAAACAAGCUGCUGCUGCUGCAGCAGCAAAACAAGAAAUGCAUCAACUCACGCAGCAGCUUGAGAGACACCGGACAGAGAUUGAACAAAAAACUAAUUUACUGUCUCUAAAACAAAGAGAGUUAAACUCUGUACAUGAAGAAGCACUCCGAAACAGUGCAGCAGCACAAGGGCUAGCUGCAAAAGCAGAGGGGCUGCAGCGUCAGCUAGCAGCAGCAGCAACAAAGAAGCAUAUGAUGCUGACAAGAGUUAAACAAGAAAUAAAAGAGUUAAAAGACUCUGCUGCUGCAAGUAAAGCUGCAUUCGAGGAGGAGCUGCAGAGGGCAGAGGAAAGAGCAGCAGCAGCAGAAAAAGCAGCAGCAGCACAACUAGCAGCAAAAGAGAGACAGGUACGCUCGCUGCAGCAAGCAGCAGCAGCAGAUGAAUCGCAGGUCUCCUACAGCUUAAAGAGACAAGAAGAAUUAGAGAGACAGAUGGCGAAGCUGCGGGCGCAGCUGCAGCAGCAGCAGGAACGCGCAGCAGCAGAUGCUACCAGCAGCAGCAGCAAAAUACAAGAUCUAGAAGCACAGCUUGAAGCAGCAAACAAACUCAAAGACAGAGCUGCAACAGAAAUAAACUGUCUCCGCAGCAGCGCCACCAUAAUGAAGAGACAAUUAAGCAAAGCUGAAGAUAAAAUUAGGGCCUUCGAAGCAGAACAGCAAAAAAUUCAUAUUCAGGUAAAGGAGGCAGAGAGAGCAGCAGCAGCAGCAGCAGCACGUGAGGCGGAUACAGCAGCCGAACGGAAGCAGCUGCAGCAGGAGCUGGCAGCAGUUCGUGAUGCAGCAGCAGCAGCAGCAGCAGCAGAGCGGCAGCAGCGAGAAGAAUUAAAGAAAGCUUUAGAGGAAGAUGCAGCAGCAGCAGAGCGGCAGCUAGCGACAACAGCAGCAGAAUUGCGUGCAGAGCGCAGCAAAGCAGCGCAGCUACAGCAGCAGCAACAGCAGCAACAGCAGCAGCUGCAGCAACUCAAAGAAGCAGACGCUAAGCUGCAGCAAUUGUCUGUCCCCUUCUCUCGCAUCAGAGCUGCUUUUGCUGCUGUUGCAGGAGACGUACAACAGGAAGACAGCCAGCUAGCUGCAGCAGUUUGUAAGGCCCUCCGAGACUUCUGUCAAGCUAAACAAGAGCUUCAGACCCAGGAGGCAGCAGUGCGUUCGCUGCAGCAGCAGGUGGAGGAUCUGCAGCAGAAGGUAGAAGCAGCAGCAGCAACAGCAGCAGAGCUUGAAAAGACGAAGAAGGAGCUACAAACAAUUAAAGAAGAAGGGCUCAAGACAACAGCAGAGCUGCGGCGUCUAGGAGACCAGCAUGCUGCUUUGCUGCUGGAGAAGGAGAGAGAGGAGAAGCAGCACAGCAGCAAGCUGCAGCAGCUGCAGCAGCAAAAAGAAGAUAGCGAGCAGCAGCUUAAAAACGCAGCAGCAGCAGCAGCUGCUGCUGCUGCAGAGAGGCAGCAGCAGCUGCAGCAGCAACUCGAAAAUGCAAACAAAAAGACAUUGCAGCUGCAGCAGCAAAAGCAUGCAACAGAGCAGGCGCUGCAAGAGGCGCAUAGGCAAGCGGAGAGUGCAGCAGCAGCAGCAGCACAAGAAGCAUCUGCUGCUUCUGCUGCGCUGCAGCAGAGGGAUGCAACCAUAGACGACCUGAAGCAGCAGCUGCAGCAGAGACAGCAAGAACUCGCUGCAGCACAAAGUCAAAUGCAAACGGAGACAGAAGCAGCAGCAGAAAGAGACAAGAAGCUACGCAAGGAGCAGCAGCAGCUGCAGGAGCAGCUGCAGCAGCUGACAGCAGCAAAGGAAGCUGCAGCUUCCAAGAUAACACGACUGCAGCAGGAGCUAGAGGAGCAGCAGCAGCAGCAGCAGCAGCAAAAACAAAAACUAGAGACGCAGAUAAAAGAGGGGCAGCAGCAAAUCGAGGAAAUAGAACAGCGCUUCAAGCAGCAGCAGCAGAAGCAGCAGCAGCAACAGCAGCAGCAGCAUGAAGAGCACGAAAGGAAGGAGAAGCAAAAUCAGCAGCAGCAGCAGCAACUGCAGCAGCAGAUUGAGGAUCUGCAGCAGCAAAUUAAGAAGCAGCAGCAACAGCAGCAUAGGGAGGCAGAUGACUAUAAGCAGCAGUUGCAGCAACUGCAGCAGCAACUUGAAAACGCGAAGAAGAGCGCAGCAGAUGAGCAGCACCAGCACGAACAGCAACAGAAGCAGCAGCAGCAAAAGCAGCAGCAGCAGCAGCAAGAACAGCAGCAAAAAGAAGAAGAGCAGAGGAAGGCUCUUGAAGAAGCUCGUAAGGAGGCUUCCCAGAAGCAGGAAGAGCUGCAGUCUCUUCAGCAGCAGCUGCAGCAGCUGCAGCAGCAGCAGCAACAGCAGCAAAAAGAAAUAGAGACAAAAACCAAUAUGAUAGAAAAUGCUAAACAGAAAUAUGCAGACUUAGCAACAAAGCACAAUGAACUGGUUAAGAAGUUUAAUGCUGCUGUUGCGUUAGAGAAGGAGCAGCGCAGCAAGAGCGAAGAAGCAGCAGCAGCAGCUGCUGCUGCUGCUGCCAUUGCUGAUGAGAAGCAGCAAGAGACAGAAAAAGCGCAGCAGCAAAUAGAGGCACUCAAGAAGCAGCUUGAAGAAGCAAAAGAAGCAACAAAGAAGGCAGAAGAAAGCCGGAAGGAAUCAGAAAAUAAAGCUGCUGCUGCUGCUGCUGCUGCAGCAAAGGCUGCUGCUGCACCUCCACCCAAAGCUGCAGCAAAGGCAAAGGCUGCAGCACCAAAAGCGAAGCAACCCGCUGCUGCUCCCCCUGCAGAUAACACAGCAGCAGCAGCGGCAGCAGCACCAGCAGCAGCAGCAGCAGCACCAGCGGCAGAAGCAGCAAAGCCGCAGCAAGCAGCGGAGAGUACCGGCGGCUUCCUUUCAUGGUUCGGAGUGGGGGGAGAGACAGCAGCAGCAGACUCAGCAGCAACAGAAGAAGCAGCAGCAGCAGCAGCAGCACCAGCUGAGCAGCCUGCUGCAGAGGCUGCCAGCAGUGGCUGGAGUCUCUGGUAG